CCGCUCGCCACAGCCUCGUCCGACAGUGAAGGGAGACAUUCGCCAAGAUGAUGUGCGAGGUGAUGCCCACCAUCAGCGAGGACACGGCGCUGAGCCAGCGCGGCUCGCAGAGCAGCGCCUCGGACCCGGACUCCCACUUCGAGCAGCUGAUGGUGAACAUGCUGGAUGAGAGGGACCGGCUGCUGGACACGCUGAGGGAGACCCAGGAGAGCCUGGGACUGGCCCAGCAGCACCUCCAGGACGUCAUCUACGACCGGGACUCGCUGCAGCGCCAGCUCAGCUCCGCCCUGCCGCAGGAGUUUGCUGCUCUGACCAAGGAGCUGAACGCCUGCAGGGAGCAGCUGCUGGAGAAGGAGGAGGAGAUCUCCGAGCUCAAGGCUGAGAGGAACAACACCAGGUUGCUGCUGGAACAUCUGGAGUGCCUGGUGUCCCGGCACGAGCGCUCGCUGCGCAUGACGGUGGUGAAGCGACAGGCUCAGUCUCCGUCGGGCGUGUCCAGCGAGGUCGAGGUCCUCAAAGCACUCAAGUCCUUGUUCGAGCACCAUAAAGCCCUCGAUGAGAAGGUGAGGGAGAGACUACGAGUGUCUCUGGAGAGGGUGUCCGCCUUGGAGGAGGAGCUCACAGCAGCCAAUCAGGAGAUUGUGGCCUUACGGGAGCAAAAUGCUCACAUCCAGAGAAAAGUGGCAUCGGGAGAAGGAGCGGAGGAUAUUCUGGAGGGCAGCGAAGCACAACAGAAGGUCCACGGCAAACGUCUGUCCAACGGCUCGCUGGAGUCGGCCCACGAGGCCAGUCAGGUGGUGGAGCUGCAGGACCUGCUGGAGAAGCAGAACUACGAGCUGGCCCAGAUGAAGGAGCGCAUGUCCUCCCUCUCGUCCCGGGUGUCCGAGGUGGAGCAGGAGCUGGAGACCGCCCGCAAGGACCUCAUCAAGUCGGAGGAGAUGAACAACAAGUACCAGAGGGACAUCAAAGAGGCCAUGUGUCAGAAGGAGGACAUGGAGGAGCGGAUCGUCACGCUGGAGAAACGCUACCUGAGCGCACAGCGAGAGUCCACCUCCGUGCACGACAUCAACGACAAGCUGGAGAACGAGCUGGCCAACAAAGAGGCGUUCCUCCGUCAGAUGGAGGAGAAGAACCGGCAGCUCCAGGAGCGGCUGGAGCUGGCGGAGCAGAAACUCCAGCAGACCAUGAGGAAGGCCGAGACGCUGCCGGAGGUGGAGGCCGAGCUGGCCCAGAGGAUAGCGGCCCUCACCAAGGCGGAGGAGCGUCACGGCAGCAUCGAGGAGCGCAUGAGGCACUUGGAGUGCCAGCUGGAGGAGAAGAACCAGGAGCUGCUGAGGGCCCGGCAGAGAGAGAAGAUGAACGAAGAGCACAACAAGCGCCUCUCGGACACGGUGGACAGACUCCUCACCGAGUCCAACGAGCGCCUUCAGCUGCACCUCAAGGAGAGGAUGGCAGCGCUGGAGGAGAAGAACAUGCUGAUCCAAGACUCGGAAGGUUACAGGAAACAGUACGAAGAGUCCAUCCAUGAAAAAUCGCAGCUGGCGGAGGAGAUUGAGAAGCUGAGGUCGGAGCUGGACCAGUUCAGAUUGAGGGCGGGAUCCCUCACCGAGCCCACCCUGUCACGGUCUCACCUGGACACGUCGGCCGAGCUUCGCUUCUCUCUGGGAUCUCUGGCCGAGACCCAGUCGGAUCACUACCGCUCGGCCAAGGUCAUCCGCCGGCCGAGGAGAGGGAGGAUGGGCCUGCGGGAAACCAAGGCCAAAUCCCUGGGCGAGCACGAGUGGCGCUCGCAGCAGCUGGGGGUCCUGGGGGGCCACCACUUCGAGAGCGACACGGAGAUGUCGGACAUCGACGACGACGACCGGGAGACGCUGUUCAGCUCCAUGGACCUGCUGUCGCCCGGCGGCCACUCCGACGCGCAGACCCUCGCCAUGAUGCUGCAGGAGCAGCUGGACGCCAUCAACAAGGAGAUCCGGUUGAUACAAGAGGAGAAGGAGUCCACGGAGCUGCGGGCGGAGGAGAUCGAGAACCGUGUGGCCAGCGUGAGCCUGGAGGGGCUCAACCUGGCCCGAAUGCACCACCACGGAGCCUCCAUCACUGCCUCGGCCACCGCCUCCUCCCUGGCCUCCUCCUCGCCCCCCAGCGGACACUCCACCCCGAAACUGGACCCCCGCAGCCCCGCCCGCGACAUGGAGCGCAUGGGGGUCAUGACACUGCCCAGCGAUCUGAGGAAACACAGGAGAAAGAUCGCAGCGGUGGAGGAGGACGGCCGCGAAGACAAGGCCACCAUCAAGUGUGAGACGUCCCCCCCGCCGACGCCGCGCACGGUUCGAAUGACGCACACACUGCCAGCCUCCUCGCACAACGACGCACGGGGGAUCGUGGCCUCUCUGGAGGCCGAGGCCAGCGCCCUCAGCAGCGUCGCCAGCAGUCAGGACUCCCUCCACAAGCAGCCCAAGAAGAAGGGCAUCAAGUCGUCCAUCGGACGGCUGUUCGGGAAGAAGGAGAAGGGUCGGCUGGCUCAUCUGGCACACAGACAGGUCAUGGUGGAUCCACAAGCUACUCUGAUGGACCCAGACAUGGCAGGCCAGGACAUGGGGGUGGGCAAGCUGGGCACUCAGGCUGAGAAGGACCGCAGAUUGAAAAAGAACGGACAUGAGCUCCUGGAGGAGGCCCGGAGGAAGGGUUUACCGUUCGCCCAGUGGGACGGCCCCACCGUCGUCGCCUGGCUGGAGCUGUGGUUGGGGAUGCCGGCCUGGUACGUGGCGGCGUGCCGUGCCAACGUGAAGAGCGGCGCCAUUAUGUCGGCGCUGUCCGACACGGAGAUCCAGAGAGAGAUCGGGAUCAGCAACCCUCUGCACCGCCUCAAACUGCGGCUGGCCAUCCAGGAAAUGGUCUCCCUCACCAGCCCGUCGGCCCCGCCCACCUCCAGAACCCCGUCGGGCAACGUAUGGGUGACCCAUGAGGAGAUGGAGACCAUGGCAGCUCCUUCCAAAACGAAAUCCGAGUCUGAAGAAGGCAGCUGGGCUCAGACUCUCGCUUAUGGUGACAUGAACCAUGAGUGGAUCGGGAACGAGUGGCUGCCCAGUCUAGGACUACCUCAGUACCGCAGCUACUUCAUGGAGUGCCUCGUGGACGCCCGCAUGCUGGACCACCUCACCAAGAAAGACCUGCGGGUGCAUCUAAAGAUGGUGGACAGCUUCCACAGAACAAGUUUACAGUACGGCAUCAUGUGUCUGAAGAAGCUCAACUACGACCGGAAGGAGCUGGAGAGACGUCGAGAGCACAGCCAGCACGAAAUGAGAGACGUCCUGGUGUGGAGCAACGAGCGCGUCAUCCGCUGGGUGCAGAGCAUCGGCCUGAGGGAUUACGCCAACAUCCUGCUGGAGAGCGGCGUGCACGGCGCUCUGGUCGCCCUCGACGACAACUUCGACUACAGCAGCCUGGCGCUACUUCUCCAGAUCCCCACGCAAAACACUCAGGCACGUCAGAUUCUGGAGCGAGAGUAUAAUAAUCUGCUGGCGUUGGGGACCGACAGGCGACUGGACGAGUGUGACGAUAAAGGCUACCGGGGCCCGUCGUGGCGGCGGCAGUUCCCUCCCCGGGACGUCCACGGCAUCAGCAUGAUGCCCGGCUCGGCAGAGACGCUCCCCGCCGGCUUCCGGCUCACGGCGACGUCCGGCCACUCCCGAAGACUGCCCCCCGACGUCCUCUAUGAGGCGCUGGACGACAGUCCCGACGACAUGUAUUUGGAUUGGUUUCAAGUCGGACCGGCGACGGUACAGCGGCUGGACAGCUCCACGGUGAGAACCUACUCCUGCUGAGAGGAGGAAGAGAGCCAGCUUAAACUGUACGCUGUGCAGUUCUGAACGGCGACCGGCGAGGGGAGACCCAGUCUGACCACACGCACUGCCAAGAAGCCCUGCGCUCCUCCUCCUGAAGCUCCUC